AUGGUUCGCUCUAACGGAAAGCGCGCGAACACGCGCGAUCUCUUCAGAAAGGCGUUCCGCAAGAAGGGAAAUGAGCAUCUCUCAACCUAUCUUCAAAUCUUCAAGAUUGGCGAUUUCGUCGACAUUCAUAUCAACCCGGCCGUCAUGAAGGGUAUGCCACACAAGUUCUACCAAGGGCGUUCUGGCCGCGUCUUCAAUGUCUCCCGCACAUCCGUCGGCGUCGAGGUGUCGAAGACAGUUGGCAACCGCAUCAUGAUGAAGCGUUUUCACAUCCGAACCGAACAUGUCCAGAAGUCCCGCUGUAACGAGGACUACCUGAAGAGGUGCAAGGGAAGGGAAAUGGAAGCCAGGGAAGCACAUUCCAAGGGCGACAAGUACAACGUCAUCAAGCGCACCCCGGCCUUGCCGUCUGAGGCUCACAUCGUCGAUGCGAGCAAGAUGGAACUUGUCGAUCCAAUUCCGUACGAAUUCAUCGUGUAAUCUGGUAAACUCAUUUUGGCACGUUUCGAUCCUGCUCGUUUCGCGCCUCCCGUUACGCGCGCGUUUCCGCCUACCAUGUGGUCAUGGUAGGGGGGGUACAGUGUGUGAACGGACGCGCGAACCCCUUGCCGAACGAGCGUACGAGCGAUAAAAUAUGCGAACACUCGCAAUCUUUCCUACGA